AUGAAUUGUGAAGAAAAUGUAUUAAUACCAUUUAUUCCUAAACCAAAGAAAAUAAAACACAAUAAAAAUAAAUACAAAGAUAUUUAUGAACAAAUUACACCAAUAAUUGUAGUAUUUAUUAUUUGUAUUAUUUUUGGAAAGUGUGUAAUGAAUGUUUUAUUAUGGAAGAUAUUUAAUUCAAUUUAUGGAAUUAUCAUAAUGAUAAUAGGAUUAUUGUUUUUCAUUAUUGCAAUGGUUUCACUUUUUAAAGUUCAUUUCACUGAUCCAGGAGAUGGAUCAAAUAUACUAUGUAAAGAAAAUGAAGAAGAAAUUAAAGAGGCAAAAGAAAGAAGUGAAUAUGCAAAACAACAUCACAUGUUUUGUGUUGAUAUUGGAUAUCCAGUAAGAUAUUGUUAUAAAUGUCAAAAAAUUAAAAAAGAAAGAACAUAUCAUUGUAAAAAAUGUAAACGAUGUAUUGAUAUGAAAGAUCAUCAUUGUAGUUGGGUUGGUAAUUGUAUAGGAAGAAAUAAUUAUAAAUUUUUUAUAUUAUUUCUCUAUUAUAUAGUCAUUUCAAUAUUUUUUGGAAUAAUUAUAUUAAUAUGGAGUAUAAUUAAAGAUACAAGUUUAUAUAUUACUAUCAUUUUAUUAAAUCAAUUUUUACCAUUUUUAUUUAUUUGUAAUUAUUUAAUUGAUAUUUUUCUUUUAGUAAUUGUUAUUGCAUUAUUUAUAUCAAUAUUACAUCUUUGCUAUUUAUAUACUAUAAAUAUUAUUAAGAAUCAAACUACUAUGGAAUCUAUUGAAAAUGAAAGAUAUAAUUAUUUCUUAUAUCAUAAAUAUCCAUUUCCAUCUUAUAAUAAUGGUAUUUUGAACAAUAUUAAAGAAUUAAUGGGAAGUGGAUGGAAUGUUUUUUCUCCUUUUUCAUUAGCUCAUUCUAAUGAUAUUAUAAAAGAAGUAAAAGACAAAUAA